UUUUAAUUCUGGACUUCCUAGUGAAAAUUAGCAAGAAGGUACUAAUUUUUUUUCCUCCUGUUUAUACGCUAUUAUUAUCAAGGACGGCACGGAGAAAUCUGGCCAAAGAAAAAAAAAGCGCUGAGAGGCAAUGAGAUUAUUAUCCAAACGGAGAACAGCAAGAUGCUCUAUUCCUUCAGAGAUUAGUUUAUUACAGACGAUUUUCAACCACCGCCUGAAUGGAAAGGAAAGCUAAGCGAAGAGGGAGAGAUAUUUGUUAUUCAUUUAUAUAAAUAACAGAAUUGAAGAAAAAUAGUUAGUGAGAAACUUGAAGGCUUGUUUGGUUCACUCACCGCUGACAGUGAACGACUAGUGAAAUGGCUGGGAAUUGGGAAUGAUUAAGGACUCGUGACAUUAGUUUUUUUUUUUUUUUUUUGGUUGGGGAUAAUUUGAUAAAUUUCGUGGAAGAAGUAAACCUGGGGAGUGAAGAAGGCUCCAGAUUAGGGCCGUGUUUGUCUUGCGCCAAUUGGCUGCUUCGUUACUUCCACUUAAUUUCCCGUCGUAAAAUGGAAUCGACUACCGAUCCUGAGCCGCUUAAGCUCAGUGAUCGAGUCGUACGGAGGCUAGCUGCUUUAGGGAUUCCAGCGGAGUACCUCGAUAGGCGUUAUGAGGGGAUAGUUGAAUUUGUUAUCACUAAUGGGUCAUCGUUGCCUGAGGUAGUUUCUGCUAUUUUUCCUACUGAUGAAGAAGUGGCUCAGUGUACAAAAUCUGCUAAGUUCAAGUCUGAAAGGAUGUCUACAACUAUGGAGGAUCAUUUUCGCGAGAGCAUGGUUUGGUUACAGUGGCUGAUGUUUCUAGGUGAGCCAGCGAAUGCUUUGAACAACCUGGCAGAAUCAAGUAUUGGUCAACGUGGUGUUUGUGGCAUGGUUUGGGGAUUGAAUGACAUUGCUUAUACGUGCAGGACAUGUGAGCAUGAUCCGACUUGUGCUAUUUGUGUUCCUUGUUUCCAGAGUGGGAAUCACAAGGAUCAUGAUUACUCUAUUAUUUACACGGGUGGUGGUUGCUGUGACUGUGGGGACGAAACUGCAUGGAAACGUGAGGGAUUUUGCUCUAAGCAUAAAGGUGCUGAACAGAUUCAACCACUUCCUGAGAAUUUAGCAAAUUCUGUUGGGCCGGUGCUUGAUGCACUCUAUAUUUGUUGGAAACGUAAGCUAUUCUCGGCCGAAGGUAUCUUUCAGGAAAAUAUGAGAGCAAGUAAUCGUGGUGCUCUGCAAAUGAAGGCUGCGAAUGAGUUAACAUAUGUAAUUGUUGAGACGCUUUUAGAAUUUUGUGAAUGUAGUGAGAGUUUGCUCAGUUUUGUGUCGAGGAGGGUGAUUUCUUUAGAUGGUUUAUUGGGUAUUCUGGUCAGAGCAGAGAGGUUCCUAGGUGAUGAUGUUGUGAAGAAACUCCAUGAAUUGCUCCUGAAAUUUCUGGCAGAGCCUAUUUUCAAAAAUGAUUUUUCUAAAGUUUUUUUAAGCUAUUACCCUACUGUUAUAAAUGACGCCAUAAAAGAGGGCAGUGGCAGCAUUCUCAAUGAUAAGUACCCACUAAUCUCAACUUUCUCCGUCCAAAUCUUCACAGUGCCAACACUAACUCCUCGUCUUGUGAAGGAGAUGAACCUAUUGGGCAUGCUACUUGAAUGCUUGGGAGACAUUUUUAUUUCUUGUGCUUGCGAAGAUGGCCAUUUGCAGGCCGCUAAGUGGGGAAGUUUGUAUGACACCACUAACCAUGUAAUUGGAGAUAUUCGGUUUGUUAUGAGCCAUGAUGUAGUCUCCAUAUAUGCAACUCAUGAGCAGCAGGACACCUCAAGAACUUGGCUAAAGCUUUUGGCUUUUGUGCAAGGGAAGAACUCUAUACAGAGGGAAACUGGCAUCCAUAUUGAAGAAGAAAAUGAGUCUAUGCAUUUGCUUUUUUUUUUAGGCCAUUCUAUUGCUAAUAUUCACUCCCUUCUGGUAGACGGGGCAUUUUCUGUUAUCACAAGUGAAGGUGAAAAUGUCCUUCCUUAUAUUUACAAGCAAGACAUGCAUGAUGGAGAUGGUAUGAGGCAUGCAAAAGUAGGAAAGUUAUCCCAAGAAAGUUCUGUUUGUAGUGUAACAGGGAGGAGUGUGUCAGAGGCUACUGAAGUUGGAUCCAAUUCCAUAUUCCAUCUUCUAAUUCCUUCCUCUGUCAUCUGGUUAAUACAGGAGUGCUUAAGGGCUAUGGAGACAUGGUUGGAAGUUGGUGAUGGUACCUCUGCAGCUCUUAAGAGUACGUCUUCUUCAAAUAGUAGUGGCAUUUAUGGUAGCAAUCUGUUUGCAAUAAAGAAGACAUUAUACAAAAUCAGGAAAGGCAAACAUUUUGGAAGACUAACUAGUUCAAGUGAAAAUCAUUGCCCACCAUAUUCUUCACCUGUAUGUAGUGGACAUCAAGCCAGUGAUGGCACAGAGAUAGCUAAAAAUUCAGAUGGUGCAUGUGGUUAUAUGGGUUUGGAUGUCAGUGCCAUGGAGACAGACAGUGGCGUAGGACUACUCACUCUUUUGAGUUUACGGGAGUGGCCUGAUAUUAUUUAUGAUGUUAGUUCACAAGAGAUAUCUGUUCACAUCCCAUUACAUCGAUUACUUUCCUUACUUUUUCAAAAGGCACUAAGAAUGUGCUAUGGUGAACGUGUAAUGCCAAAUAUAACUAAUUCUUGUUCGACUAGUUCAUUAUCAGCAGUUUAUGCUGAUUUCUUUGAUCACAUCCUUGUUGGCUGCCACCCUUUUGGUUUCUCUGCUUCUGUUAUGGAGCAUCCCUUAAGGAUUAGGGUAUUUUGUGCUCAAGUGAUUGCUGGGAUGUGGCGGAAGAAUGGGGAUGCAGCCUUAGUAUCUUGUGAAUGGUAUCGCUCGGUUCGCUGGUCUGAACAAGGUUUGGAGCUUGAUUUAUUUUUGCUGCAGUGCUGUGCUGCACUAGCUCCUCCAGAUCUCUAUGUUAAGAGAAUUCUAGAGCGCUUUGGGCUAUUAGAUUACCUUUCUCUAAGUCUUGAAAGAUCAAACGAGUACGAGCCAGUUCUUGUUCAGGAAAUGCUCACUCUGAUUAUGCAAAUUUUACAAGAAAGGCGAUUCUGUGGACGCAAUACAGCUGACAGUCUGAAAAGAGAGUUGAUUUAUAAGUUAGCUAUUGGAGAUGCAACUCGCAGUCAACUUGUGAAAUCUCUACCCCGAGACCUUUCUAAGUGUGAUCAGCUUCAAGAAAUCUUAGACAGGGUUGCUGUAUACUCUAAUCCAUCAGGAUUUAAUCAGGGAAUGUAUUCAUUGCAUUGGGCCUUCUGGAAGGACUUGGAUUUGUACCACCCUCGUUGGAACUCGAGGGAUUUACAAGUUGCAGAAGAAAGAUACUUGCGUUUCUGUGGUGUUUCUCCAAUGACUACUCAGCUGCCUCGGUGGACUAAAAUAUAUCCUCCUCUUGAGGGUGUCGCUAGAAUUGCUACUUGCAGAGUUACUCUUCAGAUUAUUCGUGCAGUGUUAUUUUAUUCUGUUUUCAGUGAUAAAUUCACUGAAUCACGUGCUCCUGAUGGUAUCCUGAUGACAGCAUUGCACUUAAUUUCACUAGCUUUAGACAUUUACUUGCAGCUGAAUGGAUCUAGUGGCAUGGAAUGUCAUAUUGGAGAUUCAAAUUCUUUGAUAGCUUUUGCUAGUGAAGAAAUUAGUGAAUCAUUAAUCUAUGUAGCUGGGAAACAAAGUUUGUUAUCGCUUCUUGUUGCAUUAUUGAGAAUGCGUUGGCAAGAGGAUAAAAAAAGCUACUUAGAAUCCAGCAACUGCAGUUUUUCUCCUCUGAUUGAAAGUUUAUUGAGGAAGUUUGCUGAAGUUGAUUCCCAGUGCAUGACCAAACUGCAAGAACUUGUGCCCGAAAUGGUCAGCCAUCUAUCAAAAUCUACCCUGAAUAGUGAUAGGACUACAUCAAGUUCAGCCUCUGAUGGUGAACUGCGCAAGGCGAAGGCUCGUGAAAAACAAGCUGCAAUAUUGGCUAAAAUGAAAGCAGAGCAAUCCAAAUUUCUGUCAAGCAUCACUUCUGCUGCUGAUGAUGAUUCAAAAUCUGACUCAGAAAUGUCCAAUUCUGAUGCUGAACAUGAAACAGAAGGUGACGUGCAACAGAGUUGCUCUCUUUGUCAUGAUACUACUUCCAAAAGUCCUCUCUCUUUCUUGAUUCUUCUCCAAAAAUCUAGGAUUUUGAGUUUUGUUGAUAGAGGUCCCCCAUCAUGGGAUCGAUGGUCAGACAAGGAGCAAGGUUCUAUUCCAACAAAUAGGGUGACCUACCAAUCUGGAUCAGAUGACUCUUCCAGCAGUUCUGGAUUGGCUUCCCAGUCGUUGCAGCUGACUGAAAAUCCAGUUGAGUUCACCAAUAAUGAGCAGGGGCAAAGCGGUGAAGUAAAUGUCAUUCUUGAGUUUGUCAAGUCUCGGUUUCCUUCAGCAAGGAGCAAUGAAGCACCUUCUGCAUCUAGCAAUGAUAGGCACAGUACUGCAUGUGAUUUGGAGACACUGGAAGAAGAUAUGUACAUGUGUAUUCAUAAGGAAAUGAAUAAUAAUUCAUUAAUUUCAAGCUUUCAAAAUGAUGAAAUAUCCUCUGGUGCUGAAAGUUCUCCAGAAAAUGGCAGGGCUGCGGAAUCUGACAUACUUGGGAAAUAUAUUGUUGCCCUGUCAAGUGAGGCUAGUCAAAACUCUUUGGCUUCUCAAAAGAUUAAUAGUAAUAGAGGUUUGACAGAGUCCACUUUGCAGCCUCUUUUUUAUGAUGGAUUUGGCCCAUUAGAUUGUGAUGGAAUUUAUCUCUCUUCCUGUGGGCAUGCUGUACAUCAGGGUUGUCUUGAUCGUUAUUUAUCAUCACUAAAAGAGAGACAUGUUCAGAGAAGUCUCUUUGAGGGGGCACAUAAUGUGGAUCCUGAUCAGGGAGAAUUUUUGUGUCCUGUGUGUCGUCGACUAGCAAAUUCUAUCUUGCCUGCAGUGAAAGGGACUUUCCAGAAGGCUGGAAAGCUGCCUAGGACUGCAACUGUUGAUCAAGUGCAUGCGUUAGGUUCUCCAUCUGCAUCAAACAAAGCUACAUGUUCCCUUCUACUUCAGCAAGGGUUAUCUCUUCUAAAAACUGCUGCAAAGGUGGUUAGGAGGUCUGAUUUCUUUGAAGCUUUUUCUCUUCACAGAAAAGAAAGAACAAUUCGUGAUCUGGAACCAGUUUCUCGUGUGCUGUCUAAAAUGUAUUUUCCAAAAAAGCAUAAUAGGUUCUUAGGAUCUCCAAGGUUAAGCCACCCGAUAAUUUUAUGGGAUACGCUCAAGUAUUCUCUUAUGUCAACUGAAAUUGCAGCACGCAGUGGAAAGAAUUCUAUGGCUGCAAAUUAUACUCUUGCUUCUUUGUAUAAGGAAUUUAAUUCUUCUAGUGAAUUUAUAUUUUCCUUAUUGCUAAGAGUUGUCCAGAACCUUAGCAGUACAAACUCUCUUCAUGCUCUUCAAAGGUUCAGAGGUCUUCAACUACUUGCACAGUCUAUUUGUUCUGGGGUUUCCUUUGAUUACCGCAGCACCAAACAUAAACGGGAAGAUGAUCUCCUUCGUAUUUUGAAACAUGAUGAUAAGGAAGCAUUAUAUCCUGAUAUUCAAUUUUGGAAUCGGGCAUCUGAUCCUAUUCUUGCUCGUGACCCUUUCUCAUCAUUGAUGUGGGUUCUCUUCUGUCUUCCAUGCCCAUUUAUGUCAUGUGAGGAGUCCUUGUUAUCCCUUAUGCAUCUCUUCUAUGUUGUCUCUGUGGUUCAGGCUGUAAUUUCAUGUUGUCGGAAACAAGAUUAUGACAUCAAUGAGUUAGGUUCUCAUCAUUGUCUGAUUACUGAUGUUUAUGGCGCUCUUGGUGGAUUUGAUUGUGCUCGCUGGUAUUUCAUAUCAAAUGAUAUUUACCAUUCUUGUCAUAUUAAAGAAAUGAUUCGAAGAUUGAGUUUCCCCUAUUUGCGGAGGUGUGCAUUGUUGUGGAAAUUGCUCAAAUCUUCUGCCACAUCACCAUUCUGUGAUAGGGAUACUAUUUGGGAGUCAUUUUAUGUGACAACUGAUAUGAUGGAUACAACUGAAAGUAAUUCAGUGGAGCUGAAUGAAGUACAAGAACUGGAGACAAUGUUUAAGAUUCCUCCUAUAGAUGUUAUUCUUGAUGAUGAACUCUCACGAUCAUUUGCAUUAAAAUGGGUUCAUCAUUUCCAAAAGGCAUAUGAAGCCUGCAGUUUCCAAAAUGUUUUCUACUGCAAUCCUGCGGUUCCCUUUAAGUUGAUGACCUUGCCUCAUGCUUAUCAAGACCUAUUGCAAUGUUAUGUAAAACAAUGUUGCCCAGACUGCAAAACUGUGCUUGAUGAGCCUGCAUUAUGCCUGUUGUGUGGUAGACUAUGCUCUCCAAGUCGGAAAACAUGCUGCAGUGAGAGUGGAUGCACAGUUCAUGCAAUGACAUGCGGUGCUGGUACUGGUGUAUUUCUUUUGAUAAGGAGAACAACAAUCCUGCUACAAAGAUGUGCACAACAAGCUUCUUGGCCAUCUCCAUAUUUGGAUGCAUUUGGUGAAGAGGAUAUUGAAAUGCAUAGAGGAAAACCACUGUACUUGAAUGAGGAACGUUAUGCUGCUCUGAGCUACAUGGUUGCUUCUCAUGGCCUUGAUCGGAGUUCAAAGGUUCUUGGACAAACUACCAUUGGCGCCUUCUUCAUGGUUUAGUUUGGUUUCAUGAUCAAGCUGGUGCCGGUGCAUUUGACCCAGACAUCAAGUGCAUAGAAAAUGGUUCUGCAAAACUGAAGGUUACCAGUAUAUCCCCAAAUCACUUUCCAAACUUAGGAUCUUGGAUUUUGAUGUUAGCAUGUGGCCAUUAUGACUGGACUUAACUAUAAUCAGCUGCUAAUUUGAUACGGCGGAUUUAGCCAUUCUCUUCCGCUACUUGCUGCUAAUGCUAUUCCUGGAUGUAUAGUUAGACUGAGGAAUGAAACCGGUGGACGUUAGUGUCUAAAGACUUGACCCACGAUGAUGAAUAUUCAGCUGAAUAUCUUCUGGCAUAAGUCACUUUCUUGAUGGGAGACAAUGGUUUCAAAAGUGAUGCAACAAUAGUAGGGACAAUGGGUUAGAGCUUCCAUUUUCAUCAAUGGAGAGUGGAGCUAUGAUCGUCUUUAAUGUAAAGCUGUUAAAUUCAUUGUUAACUGCUUUUUUUUUUCAAUGGGUAUGUAGGUUGUUGUACACGGUUUAACAUUUUCACAUGACAGCAGCAGGAGCUCUUCCCUUCAAUGUUUAUGGUAUAAAUGGAUGGCUACUACUAUAUAAAGUAUAAAUCGGUAUAUGUGUUUGCUUUUAAAA